AUGCCAAACCCUCUGGUUUACUUGGCAGCCAUGAAAUUUGGCGGCAUGAUUGUCAAUCGCAAAAAUGGUCGCCGAUUUUUAUUGCCGCGAAUUCCGGACGCAAUUCUUCAGAUUCUCGCCAAGCAGUCAGCCAUAUUGUCGACGUCUCGCUCGCAGCAGCAGAUGAUAUCGCUGACGCAGCAGAUUGCGCAAGUUCGACUGGAUACUCAUAAAAGUGACACUUUUGAACAAAAUGAUUUGGUGCUGGAUAACCAUGGAAUGGUCUUAUCGGGAAGCCGUGAUGCCCUUAUAAGGCGUCUAGUACCCACACGUGACUUUUGUCCCGAUUCUGGCUAUAUUUUCUCAUUGCUUGUCAAUAUACGAACAUUUAUUUCACCCCAUGAGCUGAUGCAGAAGAUUGUUCAGUAUUGCAUGUUCUCUCAGAAUGCUGAUUCAUACAACUUUGCAAAGGAGGGGCGUGGCCGAAUGUUUGCUCAUAUUCUUAGGCUCUGCUCCGAAUGGGCUCUGAAUAUUCCCUAUGAUUUCAAAACUGAAUACAUGCGGACAAGGUUAAAUGAACUUCUUCGUCUUUGCGCUGUUGACAAAAGCUACCAGCAACGUACUACCGAACUCCAAGCAUCUUUAAGAACAGCUCUAAAUAAGUUGGAUAGAUAUGAAAAGGCAGUUACAAAUUUACAAAAGGCUUUAUCAGAAAAUACACAACCCCCCGAGCAGUCGGAUAUUAUGGUUGGACUCUACGCUUUAUGCAAUGAUCCGAGAGUUGUAGCUCAACAAUUGACCCAUAUAGAAAUGGAAAGGUUUAGUAUGGUUGGAGUUGAUGAAAUUGUACAAUCUCUGGCUACUGAUCCGUUAUCUGAAAUUGGUAGACAUUCAAAGAAUAAAGAAGGUACUAUUAGCUCAAUAUCGUUCUAUAUCGAAUGGUUCAAUAGGCUUUCAUCAUUUGCCGCUAUUGAGGUUUUGAAGCAAACAAAGAAGCGAAAUCGAAUAGCAGUUUUUGAAUUUAUGAUCGACAUCGCCAAAGAAUGCUGCGAGAUUGGCAACUUCAACUCAAUGAUGGCUAUCGUAGCGGGACUCUCUCUGCCCGCCGUCAGUAGAUUAAAGAAAACAUGGUCUCGAGUGGAGAAAUCGAAGUUAGAGAUUCUUCAGCACCAACUAGAUCCUUCCGGAAACUUUAUUUCGUAUCGAGCUACUAUUAAAGCUGCUCAAUGGAGAGCUGAUAGCGCUAGAGGAAACCAGGAGAAGAUUGUUAUCCCUUUCUUUGUCCUUCUACUGAAGGACUUGUUUCUGAUCUACCAUGGAAGCUCACGAAUGCUUCCCAACGGUCAUCUGAAUUUCCUGGCAUUUUCUCAACUCGCCGAGCAACUACGAGAUGUGAUUCGAUGGAAAUCGACAAUUUGCACGUUCGAAAAAAAUCCCCAGGUUCUACAGUAUUUGCUCAUAACUUCAGUUAGUGGAGAGAAAGAUUCUAUGUUGAUGUCGUUCGAAUGUGAGCCACCGGAGACAUCUUCAGAACGCGAGCAAUUCAAAAAACUCAAGAAUAGCUCAAAAACUUAA